AUGACGGACAUGUUUCAUACUGGAAUGUUUCUGAUAUUCUGUGGAUUUAUUGUUAGCUUUGGUUCAUUGAUCGAGUCACAAGAAUUACCUAGUUAUCCCGAUAGAAACUAUUCACGACGACCUAGUAUAGAAUCAAGAUUUGUUGCUGAUACAGGCCGACAUGAGGUUAAACUUACCGAAAAUUCAAAUGUGGCGUUACCAGAAUGGCUUAAACGACAAGGACAGAGUUUCGGGAACACAGACGCAAGAGUCAGUAGAGUAGAAACGUCUCGAAGUUCUGGAGGCACAAGGCAGCACUCAAGAACUAGUAUUCGACAACCAGGAAUAGAAUCCUCAUAUGAUCCAGAGACAGGACGACAUGAAGUUAAGUUGACUCAUACUUCAUAUGGUACGCUACCAGAAUGGAUUCAAAGACAGGGACAAGAGAACAAUGAAGAUGGUUCUGACACUUUGCUACUAUCUGAAGAUGAGGCACUUGCCAGAACACGUGAAACUGAACGUAUAUUAGCUGAAAGACAGCGGCAGCGUGAACGUAUUGAAAGUAUCCGUGCAGAUGCACGAAGUUCAGAGAGCGAACGUAAUGAGGAAUUACUUGCCAGACAACAUGAACGCGAACGUCUUGAAAGGACUCGCGAAGACACGCGUCUGUCUGAAACUGAACGAAAUGAGGAACUUCUUGCAAGGCAACGCGAACGACGGCGUCUUGAAAGAAUUGUCGAAGGCUCAAGUCCUGAAGGUGAUGAAGUACUUAUCGCCCGACAGCGUGAACGAGAACGUCUCGAGCAUGAACGUUUGCGACGAACCGAAAAUGAAUACCCAGAAAAUGAGGAUUUGGCGGAACGACAACGCGAACGCGAGCGUCAAUUAAACGCAAGGAGACUUGAUAGGGAACGCAUUGAGGCAUCAAGGCUUCGAGAGAGGGAACGGAUUCAGGCCGAGAGACAAAGAGCAAGAGAAAGAGCAGCUAGGGAGAGAGAAGAAAGAGAAAGAGAGGAAAGGGAAAGAGAAAACGUAUCAUAUCCAGAAACAUUCCCACCUCGACCUCGAGAGACGGAUCGGCAACCUACCAGAGACACUGCACGACAAUCGUAUACAAGACAACCAGAGGGGCAAUGUAAUCGAGGCUGUUCUUGUCGAGAUCUAAAAGGAGAACCGGGAUUAAUGGGAAUGAAGGGACAAGCUGGUCGUGAUGGUGCUCGUGGUCCUCAAGGACGUGAAGGUGUUCCUGGGUUCAAAGGUCAGAAAGGAGAAACUGGGUUUACUGGAGCAGAAGGAGAAAAGGGUAAUGUGGGUCCACCAGGAAGUCAGGGAGUACCAGGUCCUUCAGGCUUACCGGGUCCAAUAGGUCCGAGAGGUGCACAAGGUGUACCAGGACCUCAUGGUGAACCAGGUAUUGUUGGUCCUAGAGGUGAAAAGGGCGCUCCCGGGUUUGAUGGCCCGAUGGGUUCUCGCGGUUUUAGAGGUCCAGUCGGUUUACCAGGCAUGCCGGGAAAUAAUGGGAAAGAUGGUGACAAUGGUUUACCCGGUCUACCAGGGCCCAGGGGUCUUCAUGGAUGUGAUGGUCUAAACGGAAGUCGUGGUGCAGAUGGUAUUCCAGGCAGACCAGGUCAAUCGGGACCAAGAGGCCCACCUGGGAUUUCUCAAAGAGGUCUACCAGGACCACCUGGACCGCCAGGAGAGUUUCCACUUGGAGCCAGUUCUAUUCGGGAAUGGAUACAUGAAAUUGGUCCUUUGCCGGCCGGUGAAAAGGGUUCGAAAGGUGACAGAGGAUCCCGUGGUAUACCCGGUGUAGGACAAAAAGGCGAGAUUGGUCCUGUGGGCGUACCUGGACCAAGAGGAUUCGCCGGUCAGUCAGGAGAAAGGGGUUUCACAGGUCUUCCGGGUGUGUCCGGGCCUCCUGGCCUUCCAGGAGAAGUGUUAUAUGGGGACCGUGGAGCUAAAGGUGAACCAGGUGAACGAGGCUUACCAGGACGCGAUGGUCUUGUCGGGUUACCUGGUUUAAAAGGAGAACCCGGUGUGGGAAGGACUGGUUUGCCAGGUCUUUCUGGAGAACCUGGUCAAAAGGGGGACCGUGGUCCCAGAGGAAGUGAUGGUCAAUCUGUCCGUGGUCCAGUCGGACCGCAAGGACGACAGGGUCCGAUUGGGCCAGCAGGCCCAUCUGGUGUCGGUCGUCCUGGGCCUCCUGGUUUAGAAGGUCUUAAUGGAUUGAAAGGCGAACCCGGGCGUAAUGGACGAGACGGGCUUUCCGGAGAGAAAGGCGAUCGAGGACUUCAGGGUAUCCGUGGGCCUCCCGGUGAAACCACAACAGGUAUCAAUUUUGGUCGACCCGGUCCCCAAGGUCCCGCAGGAGAGCCAGGCUAUGGAAUAAAAGGUGAAGCGGGCCGGGAUGGUAUACCCGGCGAACCAGGUGCUCCCGGAAGAGAUGGCUUACCAGGAUUGCGAGGUGAUGAUGGCUUACAAGGUCCUCCGGGUCCUGCUAGUGAAGGAUUGCCGGGACUCAAAGGAAUCCGUGGUUCACCAGGAUUCCCUGGUCUACCUGGAGAAGAUGGUAUUCCUGGCGAAAGAGGACUGCGAGGAUUUCCCGGCGAAGCCGGUCCACCAGGUGAAGAUGGUUUACCGGGUACAAUAGGACCUCCCGGGUUAGAAGGACUUCCAGGUGUAAAAGGCGAACGUGGAUUUUCCGGAGCUGAUGGACGUGACGGACUUCCUGGUCAGGAAGGCCCAAUCGGACCUCGUGGAUAUGAUGGACAAAAAGGAGAAUCAGGAACAUCAACUCUUGGAGUAAAAGGAGAUAAGGGAGAUCCCGGUGAAGGGUUGCCUGGUCGUCCUGGAAUUGAUGGUUUGCCUGGUUUGAGGGGAGAUUUGGGACUAUCUGGACCGCCUGGGGAAGAAGGAUCUCCUGGCCCAAAAGGUGAAAGGGGUAUACCAGGAUUUAGAGGCAAGCCAGGAACUCCAGGACAACCAGGACUCAGUGGAGAGGUUGUUCAUGGAUCGAAAGGCGAGAGAGGUGAUCGUGGUAUUGAUGGUUUAGAUGGGCUUCCUGGAAAUUCGGGUCCAGUUGGUGCACCAGGAAUACAAGGUUUGAGAGGUGAAUUAGGGUUAACAGGUGCACCAGGCUUAGAUGGUUUGCCGGGGGAGGUAGGACCUCCUGGUGUUGAUGGAAUACCUGGAGAGCCCGGGGCACCAGGAUUUCCUGGAGGUAAAGGGGAACCUGGUCGAGAUGGUUUACCUGGAUUACCAGGCCAAAGAGGAUUAGUGGGAGAAACUGGUUUUGGUGAAAGGGGUCCCCAAGGAUUUAAAGGAGAAUCUGGAGAUUCAAUAGUUGGUCCUAGAGGCAUACCCGGACAGAGAGGUGAUAUGGGAAUCCCUGGUUUAGAUGGAGAACGAGGCCCACCUGGUCUGCCAGGACUUCAAGGAGAACGUGGUGAAACGGGUUAUGGACUGGAUGGUGAAAAAGGUGAAAGGGGUAUUCCAGGUGAGGGACUUCCUGGCCCCAUAGGAUAUCCAGGAGAACCCGGACGACCAGGAGAAUCUGGCGAAAGAGGACCACAAGGACCACCCGGUUAUGGAGAGAGAGGUUCACCCGGAGAGCCAGGUAUUGGUCUGACUGGUCCAAAAGGUGAUAGAGGAGAAGUUGGGUAUGGUGAACCAGGAGGCCCUGGACCAGUGGGUAUACCUGGACCAUCAGCGUAUGUAUAUGUACGUCACAGCCAAGCUUCAAAGGAAACCGGAUGUUACAACAGACAUACUAUUUUAUGGAAAGGUUACAGUUUACUACAUACCGAAGACGACGGAAGAGCUCAUUCACAAGACCUUGGACAAUCGGGAUCCUGUCUUCCUCAUUUCGCACCUAUGCCUACACUUUUCUGUAACAUUCACAACGUCUGUUACUACGCAAGUCGAACGGCUACAAGCUAUUGGCUAUCCACGGAGUCACAAAUGCCGAUGAUGCCAGUUAGUGGAACGCCGAUGUAUAGGUAUGUGAGUCGUUGUGCUGUGUGCCAGUCACCCACACCAAUGAUUGCAGUCCAUAGCAUGACAACUCGCGUACCUUUCUGUCCAGAAGGCUGGACACCAAUGUGGGCAGGCUACAGUUUUGUGAUGCAUGCAAUCGGUACAGUUUCCGGUGGUCAGAAUCUUCAAAGUCCUGGAAGUUGUCUCGAACAUUUCUCAACUCGACCAUUUAUAGAGUGUACCAGUAGAGGUCAAUGUCAUUAUUUCUCUGAUAAGUUUGCAUUCUGGCUGGUAGCUGCUUCAGAUCAGGAACGACUUAACCCUCAAAAAGAAACAUUGAAAGGAUUAGAACAUUUAAGACGUGUGGGAAGAUGCGCUGUGUGUAUGAUGAAGCCUGUGGAAUAA